GUAUUUGGGAGCCGCCCCGAGGCGCGCCUGGCGCGGAUCCUAAAUCCUGACAGAGCCUUAUGGAGCCCAGUCCUGGCAGGCCAGGACUCGAAGCCACCAGACCCCACAUGGAACCAAGGGCCUCAUGUCCAGCUGCUGCACCCUUGCUGGAGAGACAGUUCCAUGUUCUCGUGGGUGUCACUGGGAGCGUUGCAGCUCUGAAGUUGCCUCUUCUGGUGUCAAGGCUUUUGGACAUUCCUGGUCUGGAAGUAGCAGUGGUCACAACUGAGAGAGCCAAACAUUUCUACAGUCCCCAGGAUGUUCCUGUCACCCUCUACAGCGAUGCUGAUGAAUGGGAGAUGUGGAAGCGCCGGUCCGAUCCAGUUCUCCACAUUGACCUCCGGAGGUGGGCAGACCUCAUGCUGGUGGCUCCUCUUGAUGCGAAUACUCUGGGGAAGGUGGCUAGUGGCAUCUGUGACAACUUGCUUACCUGUGUCAUCCGGGCCUGGGACCGCAGCAAGCCUCUGCUCUUCUGCCCGGCGAUGAACACCACCAUGUGGGAGCACCCCAUCACCGCGCAGCAGGUGGGCCAGCUCAAGGCCUUCGGCUAUGUCGAGAUUCCCUGUGUGGCCAAGAAGCUGGUGUGUGGAGACCAAGGUCUGGGGGCCAUGGCUGAGGUGGGCACCAUUGUGGACAAAGUGAAAGAAGUCCUCUCCCUGCAUGGUGGCUUCCAGCAGAGUUGAACCCAGGAUUUCUGUUGUGUGUGUCCCUCUGCACUCAGCGUGUUUUCAGGCCAAGUUGGUGAAGAAGAUGGACAUUUGCAAAAUAUGAUGAAGACUCCUGCAUUUACUGAGUAGGGGUCCGGCCUGGGCCUGCUCUAGGGCCUCCCAGGGGCCUGACUGGCCCCAGGUUAAACUAGACCAAAGGCCCAGGUCUCAAUUUCUUUCCUAUUAGGAGACACUCGCUUUCUGGAGCCCCUCCCCACCUUGUCCUGGAUAGGUACAGCGACCAAGAGGAGCAAGCUGCUGUACUGUCACUGUGCUCUGGGAGAGGGACUGAGGAGUGCCUGAGAAACCUUGAUUCUACAUUGUGCCCAGGAGCCGCUUUUAGAAACAGCCAAAGCUGGAGAUGCCCAGCGUGGUGGGCACCUGGCCAGGCCUUUGGAACUUCAGCUCCCUGGUGAGGUGCCCAGGUGCCACACAGAGCCAGGGAGGCCUGUGAGUUGGAAAGUCCCUGAGAUUUCCCCACAGACCAUGCCGUGAGAUCGGGGGUACUGGAGAAUAAAGUGACCAUGUAGGAGA